CUUGCAUACACAAGGAAAAAAAGGAACUUCAGGAAGAUUGAUGGUUAUGACAUGGACUUAACUGUGGAAUAAGGAAUUCUUCAGGGACUGAAAAGGAAAAGCAGUCUGGGAACAGCAUAAAGGAACCUGGAGGAGAGAGCGCGCAACUACAUUCCUGCCUCCUCCCCUCCUCCUCACAGCGUUGGUCGCCAUCCAUCCCCUCUCCUCCUGUACCAUAACAGAUGGUGGGAACAACAUAGCAUCCACCGGGCACCACAACAAUAGACUGCAGUAUCCAGUCCGGACACCCCUGGCCCUUGCACCAUCAUGCUCCUCGUGCAGGACUGCGCGCGGCUUUGAGUGCCGUCGUGAUUCAUUUCACGCGGUACCACUAAACACCAACACCACGGCCACGGAGGAACCUUCUUGCGACUGUUUGGGCUCUCCAUCGAGCGGGGGAAGAUGGCCGCUAUGAAAAUAUUAACAGGCACAGGGCUCUUCUUGGCGUUCUGUGCGCUGGGACUGCUCGCUAUGGCGAUUUGCACCGAUUAUUGGUACGAGACCGACGCGAGGAGGCACCGGGAGAGGUGUAAAAACUAUGCCAACAAGCGGAACGACCCGGGCUACAUCUACAUUUCCAACCACAACCUGCCCCUCCAGAUGCCUCCAAAGAGCCUGGAGAGGAAAGGUAACGGCCCAGAUGCUGUGGCUCUCAUCCGGGGGAAGCGGCACUUCCUGGCCGCAGCGUCCGCCAUGGAGUCUCACUGCAAUCGACAGUUUAACUCCACCAUCUCCGGGCUGUGGAGGAAGUGUCACCGCGAGGGCUUCGACCUGGAGACCGAGGACCUUAUUUAUAAAGGAAUCAUUCAAAGAUGUACCCCAGUCAAGUACCACUACACUUCGUCCAUCCUACCGAGAAAUUUACCCGUCAAUGUCACAAAGACCAUACGACAGGACGAGUGGCAUGCACUCCAUCUAAGGAGAAUGACGGCCGGCUUCGUGGGCAUGGCCGUGUCCAUCAUUCUCUUUGGCUGGAUCAUUGGAGUGCUGGGAUGCUGCCAGCAGCAUGACCUCAUGCAAUAUGUAGCUGGGCUACUCUUUCUCAUGGGAGGAACAUGCUGCAUCAUCUCCUUGUGCACAUGUGUGGCAGGAAUCAACUUCGAGUUAUCCCGCUAUCCCCGCUACAUGUACGGCCUCCCUGAGGACAUUAGCCAUGGCUAUGGCUGGUCCAUGUUCUGUGCCUGGGGGGGCCUUGGCCUCACGUUGCUAGCCGGCUUCCUCUGCACCUUGGCCCCCUCUCUGAGCACACCGGCUCGCACGACGACCCACAAGCCGAGGCAGGAGAAUGGAACCGUGUGACAGCGGCGUGGUGAAGCGACUGACCCACAGAACGCACAAAGCACACCCUCCCAACCUUGAUGUUUGACUCUGAAACAGUUUUAUGUCUGGUCACCACUCACGCCACCCUCAACAUCGCCAUCCCCCCUUCAGUGUUCAGUGUGCCUGAGGAGGAGCAGAGCGACGACAAACUUCACACACCUGAUCUGGGACGUCCAGGAACACAAAGAGUGACACCUGCAGUAACGUUUGGCUGAGGCACGGCUCUCAUAGCACAAAUAAGACUUUUUUCUUUUGGGUUCAGAUGUUUGACAUGCUGACUUUAUGGCGAUCUUGAGGUGACUGUUUUCUCUCCGGAGAAUUUGUCUUUAAAAUGGUGCUCUCUUAAACACAAACACACAGACACCAGCCCAUGCUUUUCAACACACGUCAGUUACUCUGAAUGAAUCAUGGGAGAAAUCCUCCAAAAGAAACAAGAAAAACACCAGGCCAGAGCAUCAUGUCAGCAUUCUUCUUUCAGUCAAGUGAUGUGUGCUGUGUUCUUGUUUGUAAUGAAAAAAAAGGCGUUGACAGCCCAUUGCUUAUCUUUAGUGUAGCACACUAACUGAUAUGAAAUAGAGCCCCGUGGGGAACGUCUGCAGCCUUCUGCAGAGCACAAAGUGCAUCAAGCACUGUGGUCAGUAUACGAUAAAAUACACAAAAGUCAAUUAGCAUCAGAGAGCAAAAGGAUUCUGUAUGUACUGAAGCAUCUCUGUAGAUCCUGAUCAUUGUUUAUGUGAGGUAGAUUUUUAAAUUGUAUUUGUUUGGAGGUGAUGGUGGCUGAUUUUGUGGAGAGGAUACAGUUACAGGAUGGUGCUAGCAGCAUGAAUCCAUUACUGGGUUCAGAAGCAUGGAGGUACCAAUCUGACAGAGCAGAGGGGGGUGUUUGCUGACGGCUAAAACAUAAUCUGACAACAGCAAAAUAGCAAGAAAUCAAACUGUGGAGGAGGAUUUCUUAGCACCAUUUUUACCCUUAACGUGAGUCGGCUUAUUUUGGUGAAACAUUCAGAAAAAAAAAGCAAAUGAAGCAGUUUUGAAGGAAAAAAGCAACUUCAGUGAUUCAACUAUGAAUUAAAAGCACAAGCUGUGGGCAAAAUCCCCAUCAACAGCAAAGAAACUCAGUAACGUCACUAUAAGACCAAAAAGGGUCUUAAAUCUGACUUAAAGAGUCACUGAAACAUAAAACAGCAAUAUCAUCAUAGAUAAUUAAUGUGAUUUAUAUCAUUGCCCCACAGUGUACAUGGAGGAGCUGCUCUUUCUGCUCAUUGUAUACAAAGAUAAAAAACAGCACAUAAUAACUUUUGAAUACUGCUUAAAACUAGGGAAAAAGAAAAUACAUGUUUAUUUAUCGUAUCAUAACAAAGCCCCCCCAGAUAACCGGUUAAAUUGAUCUGUUUAACUUGUGUUGUCUCAUCUCUUACUCAGUCUCUAUGUACUUACUGAGUGCCAAACAACGUGGAAAGUGAGUAAUACAGUGCCUAAAAAAAUAUUCACCCCUUGGAUGUUUUACCCUUUUACUGAUUUUAGAAAUCAAUCAUUGUCAAUAUAAUUUUACCUUUUUUUACAGAAAAAAAUACUAAAAACCUCUACAAUGUCAAAGGGAAAACAGAUUUCAACAAAGUUAUGUCAAAGUUAAUUAAUAGUCCUGGUUACCAUUACACCAUGAAGACAAAAGAACACUCCAAGCAACUCAGAAAGAAGGUUAUUGAAAAGUAUAAGUCAGGGGAAGGAUACAACAAAAUUUCCAAGGCCAGAGAUUAGUAAUACAUCAUCAAAAGAUGGAAGGAAUAUGGCAUAUAUGUAAAUCUGCCUAGAUCAGGCUGUCCCUUACAAACUGAGUGACCAUGCAAGAAGGAGACUAGCGAGAGAGGCCAGCAAGACACCUGUGACUACUCUGAAGGAGUUACAAGCUUCAGCAGCUGAGAAAGGAGAGACUCUGCAUCCAUGCCCAGGUUCUUCCCCAGUCAAAGCUUUAUGGGAGAGUAGCAAAGACAGAGCCACUGUUGCAGAAAACUCAUGAAAUCACGUGAGAUUUCAGUGGUAAACUGGAAGAAAGUUCUUUGGUCUGAUGAAACCAAAAUGGUGCUUUUUGGCCAUCAGACAAGAUUCUGUGUUUAGCAGACACCAACCACUGCACAUCACCACAAACACACCAUCCCUACUGUGAAGCACAAUGGUGGCAGCAUCAUGCUGGGGGGAUGCUUCCCAGCAGUCAGCCUUGAAAGGCUUGUAAAGGUAGAGGGUAAAAUGAAUGCAGCAAAAUGCAAGAAAAUCCCAGAGGACAAUCUUAUUCUCUUACAGUCUGCAAGAGAACUACAGCUUGGGACAUUAAUU